AUGCCAUCAUCAUCCUACUCCAGCACCUCAAAUGAUCAAUGUGAACAUUGUCAUUCGACAUAUACUAUAACUAAACGAAAAAAAAGUUGUGCAGUUUGUCGUCAAUACUACUGUACGAAUUGUGCACCCCGUGAACGUCAUUAUAAUCAACCAUAUCGUAUAUGUCUUACAUGUCAAUUAAUUUCAAGUGAUUCAACAACUGAUGACCAGCUAUUAGCAUUAAAAGUUAAGCAUUUACGGUGCUAUUUACAAGCAAAAAAUAUUUCUCAUCAUACAUGUACAGAAAAACAAGAACUUGUCGAUUUAAUUGUACGAAAUAGGCAAUUACCUUUUACACGUUUAUUUAUCCAACAACAACAGCAACAACAUCAACAGCAACAACAAGCUUCAACCUCAACAAACGCCAAUCAACAACAAUUUCAUACAACUUUUAAUCAAUUUUCAACAUCAACAAGUGCCUCUUCAUCAUCUACAACAUCAACUGUCAUGCCGCCUCCACCACCACCUCCUCCUCCAUCGCCUAAAAAUGGAAAUUUUAACAAUUUUCAACAUACAAUGUCAUCAUUUGCUAGUCAAAUGAAUCAUUUUGCUGCUAAUUUACAAGAUUACGUCACAAAUACAGUAUCUGGUGUUUUACAUCAUACACUUGGUGAUCACCAACAAACAACAACCACAACAACGACGACUACAAAUAAUGCGAAUGGAACAUCAACAUUUAAUUUUGGUUCAACAACGAAUGGACCUUUUACUUACACUUUCACAUCUCCAGGGAAUUUUGUUUAUACCACCACCACAACAACAAAUAGUACAUCAGCAAGUCCGCAGACACACCAACGAAGAACGACAACCAAUGAAACAACAGCUAAUACUAAUAUGCAGCAACAACAAGCCACCACAACUCAACGAGCACGUCGAAAAUCUCUCAGUGAAUUAAACAAUGAACAAAAUAUUGAAGAUUUAAGUGUUCGAGAAUUAAAAGAAAUUUUAAUAGCAAACUUUGUUGAUUAUAAAGGAUGUGUUGAGAAAAAUGAAUUAAUUGAAAAAGUCCGAAGACUUUAUCGUGAUCGACAGAAUGAAAAAAUCAAAACUAAAGAGCUUGACAAUGCUACAGCAAGCGAUAGUGAACUAUGUAAAGUAUGCAUGGAUGCAAUUGCUGAUUGUGUCUUUUUAGAUUGCGGUCAUAUGGUGACUUGUGUCAAAUGUGGAAAAUUACUCGCUGAAUGUCCAAUUUGUCGGUCGAAUAUUUCUGAUAGUAAUGUAUCAUGGAUUCAACGUACAUUUAAAAAACGAGAAUGUUUAAAAUUUAUUCCAACAAAAAACGAUCAACAAGUAGGACGUUGUAGUUGCGGAAGAUAUUUUCUUGAGCAUAGUGAACAUGUACAAAUAUCAGCGCACAAUAUGAAAUUUCUAUCAGUAAAUAAAGAUGAGCCAUGGUCAAUACAGAAACAUACAAGACCGGAACCGACAGAUGCAUUCGGUGUCAUUGAAUUCGAAGGUUUGGCACAUCCAACAAAAGCUCAAUAUCUUCGACUUUCAUAUGAUACACGACCAGAUUUAGUAUUGAAAUUGUUUUUACGUGUAUGGAAUCUAAAAUUACCACGUCUCGUUAUAUCGAUUGAUGGUGGUAUUGCUAAUUUUGAAUUACAACCAAAAUUAAAACGUGUACUAAAAAAAGGACUUUUUCGAGCAGCAAAAACAACUGGAGCAUGGAUUAUAACAAAUGGUUGCCAACAAGGUGUUGUUAAACAUGUUGGUGAUGCGCUUUUUGCUCGAUCACCAAAAGCUAAGUCUGACAUUGUUUGUAUUGGCUUUUCACCAUGGGGUGUUGUGGAAGGACGAGAAAAUUUAAUUGGAAUUAAUAAACUUGUUUCAUAUCAUUCAAAAGCAUUAGCAACUAAAAAUAAUGCAACAUUAAAUAGUAAUCAUUAUUAUUUCUUACUUGUUGAUAAUGGAACAAGUGGACGAUAUGGAGGUGAAAUUUUGUUAAGGAAACGUUUUGAAAGAUUUCUGCUGAAACAAACAAAUGCACAAACAGCUGAAAAUUCCAAUAUUCCUGUUGUAUGUGUUGUUGUCGAAGGCGGAACGAAUACAAUUCGAAUGGUUUUAGAACAUGUUACAGAUAAUCCGCCAGUGCCCGUUGUUGUUUGUGACGGAAGCGGUCGUGCGGCUGAUCUGAUUUCAUUUACACAUCGAUAUGCUAGAGACGAUGGCACGAUGGCUCCUGAUAUUCAAGCACAAUUAAUGCAUACUAUAAUGAAAACAUUUAUGUAUACAAGCAAACAAGCAAAAAAUAUUUUUCAAGAAUUAAUGAUGUGUGUAAAAAAACGAGAUUUGAUUACAAUAUUUCGUAUGGGCGAAGAAUCAUCACAAGAUAUUGAUUUAUCUAUAUUAAUUGCAUUGCUACGUAGUUCCUGUGCAUCAUCUAUUGAUCAAUUAAAACUUGCUUUGACAUGGAAUCGAGUUGAUAUAGCGCGAAAUUAUAUUCUAUCUGGUGCUCAUCAAUGGCCAGAACAAGCAUUAGAAGAAAUUUUGGUAACGGCUUUAAAAACUGAUAAAGUCGAAUUUUGUCGAUUAUUACUUGAGAACGGAAUUUACAUGCAAAAACUAUUAACUAUUCAUCGACUCGAAGAACUCUAUAACACGCGUGAAGGCCCACCAAAUACUCUUCAUUAUAUCGCGAAAGAUAUACGAAAAAUUCGCAAGACUGCUUCCACAGGUAAAUAUACACUACCUGACAUAGGUUUGAUUCUUGAAAAAUUAAUGGGUCAUGGCUACCGAUCGAAUUAUACUCGACGACGUUUCCGUAUGCGUUAUGCAACGACACUUAAUCCUCCGACUGUAUUAAGACAAUUACAUCGAACAACAGUUAGUACAACAUUAAAACCAAUGGAUGAUACAUUUCAAUUUCCAUAUAAUGAAUUACUUAUAUGGGCAGUAUUGACAAAACGACAUCAAAUGGCUUUAUUUUUUUGGGAAAGAGGCGAAGAAGCUAUGGCAAAAGCACUAGCUGCAUACCAAUUAAAUAAAGCUUUAGCACAUGAAGCUGAUGAUGAUGAAUUAGAAAUUGAAGUAGCAACUGAAUUUGCUAGUUAUGCAGAGCAAUUCCGCGAAUUAGGUUUGGGCGUUCUUGAACAAUGCUAUCGUGAAAAUGAUGAUAAAACAUGUCAAUUAUUAACAUAUGAAUUAAAAAAUUGGUCUGAUUGGACAUGUUUAUCACUAGCUGUUAUAUCUCAUCAUCAAGAAUUUGUAGCACAUAAAUGUUGUCAAAUCAUUUUAAAUGAUUUAUGGAUGGGUGGCAUGUCAAUACGGCAUUAUCUUAAUUGGAAAGUUAUUGCGUCAAUAUUAUUUUUUCCCCUCGUACUUCGUAUUGAAUUUAAAAGUGCCGAAGAAUUAAAAUUACAACCGAAAACACACGAAGAACAUUUAGCAACUAGAGACGACAGUGAACCCGAUGAUGACGAUGAUGACGACGAUGAUAAUGAUACGGAAAAUUAUUAUUCUGGAACUCUCGUUAAUGAAUAUGUACAUCAGGAGCUGUUAGAUGAAAGCGAAAAUAGAAAUUCAUCGAAAUUAAUUAAUAAUAAUAAUAAUAAUAAUAAUAAUAAUAACAAUACAUCAGUUGAGAUUGUUUUCGAUAAUAAAAAUAUUGAGAGUGAAUCGAUUGAAAUGAUUACAUUUAACAAAUCAAUGCUGGACCGUACGCGCGCAUCAUUCACGAAUUUCAAACAAAAUCUAUCAACAUCGGCACAACAAUCUGAGGAUAUAAAUGAUAUUAAUAUAGAAACACCAAAAAAAGUCGAUGAAUUACCUAUUCCAAAUGAAACUUUGCCGGAAAAAACCUUGGCAUCAUCAACAAUACCAAUAACACAACGCUUUUAUGAAUUCUAUAAUGCACCCAUAACAAAAUUUUGGUACAAUGCUAUAUUCUAUGUUUUCUUUCUUUUUCUUUUUACUUAUAUGGUACUUGUGCGCACACCGGCUAGACCGAGCAUUCCAGAAUAUAUUGUAACAUUUUACUUAGCCACAGCAGCAAUUGAUACAAUUCGAGAGAUUUGUACAGGUUCCUCACCACGUUUCAUACGCCGAUUAACGCUGUAUUUUUCGGACUUCGUUCAUAUAUGUGAUUCAUUAGCGAUGUUGGCUUAUGGUAUUGGAUUCAUUCUUCGAUUUAAUCCAAACACUCUCUAUAUCGGACGAUUACUCUAUUGUCUUGAUGUAUCCUAUUGGUGGAUACAUUUAUUAACUUAUAUUUCCGUACACAAAUCUCUUGGUCCCUACAUUCACAUUGCUGCGCAAAAUUUGAUCGAUUUAUUUAAUUUUAUAAUCAUAAUACUUAUUGUACUUGUAUCAUUUGGUGUAUCUCGUCAAGCUAUCAAAUUUCCCAAUGAAUCAUGGUCAUGGCGAUCGGUUAAAGAAAUAUUUCUUGAACCCUAUUUUAUGAUCUAUGGUGAAGUUUAUGCUGGCUCCAUAGACCCACCAUGUUUAGAAAGUGAACCCGAUGCUCCACAAUGUAUGCCUUUUCAUUGGGUAACACCGAUCACUAUGACGGCGUAUCUUAUAUUUUGUAAUAUUUUACUUUUGUCAAUAUUAAUCGCAACAUUUAAUAAUACUUAUAUACGCAUAUCGAAAUCAUCGGAUCAAGUUUGGAAAUAUCAUCGUUACUAUAUUGUACUUAAAUAUGAAUCAAAACCAAUGUUACCACCGCCAUUAAUAUUUAUUUCACAUAUAUUUCUUUUACUAAAAAUUAUUCGACGUUAUUGUCGUGGAAAAAAAUUUAAAGUUGAUCACGGAUUAAAAUUAUUUCUCAGCGAGAAAGAAGUUGCGGAAAUUCAUGAUUUCGAAGAAGAACAAAUCGAUGAAUAUUUUGCAAUGAAAGAUCGAGAAAAAAAGAAUACAACAGCUGAUCAAAUAGCACUUACAUCGGAACGUGUUGAUACAACAGUGUUACGCAUUGAUGAUAUUUAUCAACGUGAAAAUCAAAAUCGUGCCGUUCUUCAAAAUCUUGAUUGGCGUUUACAGCGUUUAGAAGAUCUAAAUAUGGAUACGCACGACUUAAUACGGACAGUACUUUCUAAUCAAUCAUUUGACGAAUAUAAUCGAUCACACGACCUUCAUCAUCGAGGGUCAUCGAUCGAUGAUGAUAUUCAUGAUCGACGACAAGAAAAAUGUCGACGACGUUCAUCAUUAACUGGUUAUGAAAUCAGUUAUUUUAAAAAGCGAAAUGUACCUAGAUCGUCAACAAUGAUUAUCAACCGAAUGCCAAAGUUAAAAGUUGCUUUAUCAACACAUGAUAAAUUUUCACCAUCAAAAAAAUCAAAUCAAAUUCAAAGACGAUCAACAAUGCAUCGGUUAGAUUCAUUUGCCAGUAACGAUUCUAACAUCAAUCGAAUGCAAUCUCAUGAAUAUACUUCGGUAACUGAUGCUAUUGAUACAACUCAUCAUCAUCAUUAUUGGCGACCAUCAAGUCCUGUUAUCGGCCGUCCUAUAACGCAUGAUGAUGAACCAAUGGUAUUCGUCGCGUCAGCAAAAGGAGAAACAGCUGCCUAUGAUGCUGAAGAACAAACGCAUAAUUUAAUUGGUGAAAUUAUACGUAAACGUGUUCAAAAAUCAUCAAUGAAUCAGUCAACUAAUCAAAUGGAAUCGUUUUGCGACAGUGAUCGAGCAUCGCUUCUUUCCUCUGAUCUUAAUUCAAGCACAACAAAUCUCAAUUUUGAAACGCUAGAUUCAAAACACUAG